CCACUUGCCGUCAACCCCUCCACCGACAACCUCCGCCUUAAUAAGACCCUACGCUCGAACACGCUUAGAACUCAAGAGUCAAACAGUAAAAAUGCAUCCUCACUUGCACACCAAGGACAACCUGGCCUGCGAGGAAGUCAUGAACGCCCUCGACGAAUGCCACGCUCGCGGGUUCCUCUACCGUUGUAUUGGAGGCUGCAACAAGCCCAAGCACGCGGUCAACAUGUGCCUUCGUGCCCAGCGCCUCGAGCGGACAAAGGCGAACCGUGAACAGGCCAAGGUCAAGCGCGAGCAUAUUCAGAAGGUCUGGUCUGAGAUCGACGCCAACUCGUAGAUUUGAAGCAUCGGAAAAGCGGCACUGCUUGAUACGGCCAUGGGAUGUGCUGUAUGAUAAUUGAAGCAUGGAUGGCGCAUAUGGACUUGAAGUUAGUAGCUUGGGACAAACACUUUAGGCGGAGUUGUACUGGCAAGGUGCUGGCAAACAUUGGAGUGAUGGAGGAAUAUUGAUCGUCUCGCAGGGAAUCGAUAUCUAUGAACCUGCGAGGCGAGAGAAAUUGCGGCAUGUCUUCAUUAGACUUCACUACUGACAAUUAUCAUGAGCUUCAGGGUGUGUUGAGGGUGCGGCACAAGUGACAAUAUGGGUGAAGGCAGUAGCUACUGCUAAACAUUUACUGAAGUUGAGUGACCAUCUUUCCUACCCGUAUACUUUUUUUCUUUGCUCUGUGGUAGCAGCCUUUGUUAUCAGGAUAUAUAGUACGUGUUGUCAUCCCUAUGAAUAGCUUCAUAUAAGACUGGAAACCUCU